GAAAAUCUGGGCACACGGUAGAAGUACCAACACCUGCACAACUACUCGUUCAUCAUACACCAACGUCCGACAGGGUCUCGAUCAAGACAACGAAAAUGGAGAACAGCGGGCCAGCCAUGGACAUGCUCGUAACAGACCUACACCCUCCUCAACCGGCUCAGGUUAUCAAAGUUGAGCCCGUCAAAUACAUAUCAAUGGACGACUGGAUGCAAGACCAGAUCGAACGAGAUGCACUACAAGCUCAGGAGUCCCGAAAGGAGAGCGGGCCCCCACCAACUAAGAAGCAGAAAAACUCCAUCCCCAGCCUGGGCCCAGAGAUGUUUGCGGUCGAAGAAGAGGCCAGAAAAGCUUUAGGAGAUGAGAAUUGGGUUGGCUUAUUGCAACGAUAUUGUGAUGUAAAUCCUCAACAUAAAGUCAAACACGAGGAACACACUAUCAGCCAACCAUUGCCAAGGUUCCAAUGCAUUACCACGUUAAAGGGAAUUUCAGAAGAAUUUGGAGCUGGCGAUCCCCAGACAGAAUCCCAUCUUGUUUCUUUCAGCAACAAAAAGAUUGCCAAGCAGUAUGCGUCUAAAAAAGCUGUGGACUGGUUGAUAGCAAACAAGUAUAUGCCAGGAGAUGGUAAUGUGACGUUUGCCAUCCCGACACUGCUUCCUUCCGAAUUAGUUUCCGAGCAAGAAGCUUUGAAGACUUUGGCUGAUGAGAAUUGGGUUAACCUUCUGAACCAAUACUGUCAAGCAAAUGGGAAAAGGAUCCCCAAGUACGAGGAAACAAGUGUUGGCUCAAAACCUACCAGAUUCCAAUGUACAAUCACUAUCGAAGGACUUCCAACAUCGUUUGGAUGCACCAAUUCAACAGACCAAGAACUCCUCACCUUCUCUUCCAAGAGACCUUCAAAACAAUAUGCUGCUAAGCAAGCUGUUGAUUGGCUUAUUGCAAACAAUCAUAUGCCCGCUGAUGGUACUAUAAAGUUCCCCAAAGUACCUCAAGUACUCCAACGGACUGCUACUCCUACAGCAACGAUAUCUACAUCUCCCAACCUUCAAGGUACACCAUAUACUGCACAGGUUCCAGACUUGUGCUACCGCCUCAAUAUUCCAGCUCCUUCUUAUGUGUUGAAACCUGCUGCUGCUGUCCCCAAUUGUCCUCUAUGGGACGGCUAUGCUGAUUUCGCUGGCCAUCCACGGUUUGGCGAUGAAGGCAAAGUCGGGAAUGUCGCAAAUGUUGUUGGGAAGAAAAAUGCUAAAGAGGCGCUCGCAAAACAAGUAUUUGUCUUUUUAAAAGGCAUUGAGGCGAACCGGCUAAAGCAAUAUGAGGAAGAGGAUAAGAAGAGGAAGCGCUCGCCCGCCAGUUCACAAACUGAGGUAUCGAGUGCUUCUGCGGUUGGGGUGCAAGCCUGAUGCGUCUGUUAUUUACGCCGUCACUUGGUGAUUGUGUCUGUGAGAGCGAGUUAUGAUUUUGGAAUUUCAUUCGGGGCUUGGGAUAUCAUGAUAUUCCGGUACAGUAACGAAAUUAUGAGGUUACGAAGCUAUGGGACCAUGAGAUGGUACGGGAAGUAGGCAUAGAAAAGUUGUAGCGGCCACUUGAUAGAAUUUAGAGCUCAUUAUAGAGUUAUGCUGCGGUUUAAAUUCUACUAGGAG